AUGUGUCGUAGCACCGCAUCAGCAGUGCAGCUUCUUGGAGCGGUUGUUGUGGUCGCGUGUCUCGUGCACACAUCGUUGGCGUACCCGUACGGACGAUCGUCGGCUGUCACGGAGCUGACGCCUGCCUCGCUGCAUGCAUUUGUUAAUACACACAAGCCUGUGGUCAUCCUCUUUUACGCGCCGUGGUGUGGCCACUGCAAGCAGUUCCACCCCGAGUAUGAGCGGUUUGCCGAGUCGGUGAAGGGCACCAUCCGUGUUGGCGCGAUCGAUGCUGACAAGAACGCCGACAUUGGACAGCAGUUUGGCGUGCGUGGCUUUCCGACGAUCAAGUACUGGAGGAGCGGGACAAAGUCCGUCUCCUCCUCGCAGGAUUACCACGGCCAACGCACAGCGGCGGCGCUGCAGAGUUUGAUGGUGGAGGGAAUCAGCUCGAGCAAGGUCAUGACGGUGACGACGGCAGAGCAGAUGAAGCAGGCCGCUCGAGACGCACCAAAGAAGAUGAUCGGCGUGUUGCUCUCCGCUAAGAACAAGGUGCCGCCGAUGUUUUCGGUCAUGGCCAUGUCGCCGAAGCUGAAGGAGCUGCCCCUGGUGUUCGCGGGUAGCUGCAGCCCUGAAAAGGGCGUGGCAAAGGCCUUUGGCGUCUCGCAACUCCCAAUGCUCGGCGUACUGCGCUACACCCCGGCAGAAGGUGAUGCAGAGGAGAAGCUUGAGAUGGUGCAGUACGCGAAAAAGACUAUCGCUUACGAUCCCGUCGCGCGUUUCUUCUUGGAUUGCGCGGAGAAGGAGUGCAGCUCCGGUACGGAGGCCCCAAUGAACUCCGUGAACCUUGACGAAGAUGAGAACCAGCACCAGACACGAGAAGCCUCGCGGCAGUCCUCCAUAGCGCUUCCGGUAGAACCGGUCGAAUACACGCCAAAAGUGAUCUCGACGUUUUGCGCGCCGCAGACCCGCAAGAUUCGCGGCCAGUCCCCCCUGUGCGUUUUUAGCCUUAGCGAGCACGUCCACCUCGACAACGUGCACCAGUACUUUAAGAACGACCCGUUGCUUUUCUUCGAGGCAUCUCAGCACAAGGAGGAGCUGCUGCAGCAGUUGCAAGCCGACUUUGGCCUACAAAUGGCGCCUCCUGGGGAAGCGACGGCGUCUUUGGCGGGGUCCAUUGUGGUACUGCGCCACUCGAAGCCGACAACGGUGCGGUACGCGCUGCUGGAGCACAUUGACUCCGACGACGAUUUACAGGCAGCCCUGCAGCGUAUUCUCAAUGGUGAGGUGCAUCUCCGGUCAGAGCGCGUCGGAGAUGCCUAG